GGUGCCAACAUAUACACAUCUCUAGUCCUGCAUGAUGCCAAUCAGAGCCAGAGCAAGUGUUGGCCUCUCUCCUCUCUUUUCUUCUCUUCUCUUGCACACACACAUACCUCUACUAGGCAGCUCCUCAACAACACAGGCAACUUAAGCAAGCGAGAAGAGCGUCAGCUAAUGACCACACUUCCGGCCACAAUUCUCCUCCUCCUGCUCCUCCUCGCAUUGCCACCGCCGGCGGCCGUGGCGCUCACGGCCGAGGGCCUCGCGCUGCUGGCGUUCAAGGAGGCGGUGACCGACGACCCGUGCUCGGCGCUCUCCAGGUGGUUCGAGUCGGACCCCGACCCGUGCCGGUGGCCGGGCGUCACCUGCGCCAACGCCUCGGCCCCUCCGUCGCCGCACGUGGUGGGAGUGGCCGUGGCGGGCAAGAACAUGUCCGGGUACAUCCCCUCGGAGCUGGGCUCGCUGCUCUUCCUCCGCCGGCUCAACCUCCACGGCAAUCGCCUCGCCGGCGCCAUCCCCGCCGCGCUCUCCAACGCGUCCUCGCUCCACUCAGUGUACCUCUACGGGAACCGGCUCACCGGCGGCCUCCCCGUCGCGCUCUGCGACCUCCCGCGGCUGCAGAACCUCGACGUGUCCGGGAACGCGCUCUCCGGGGAGCUGCCCCUCGACCUCCGCAACUGCCGCAGCCUGCAGCGGCUCGUGCUCGCCAGGAACGCGUUCACCGGCGAGGUGCCCGCGGGCAUCUGGCCGGAGAUGGCCAGCCUGCAAAAGCUCGACCUGUCAUCCAACGCGUUCAACGGCUCCAUCCCGCCUGAUCUCGGCGAGCUCCCGAAGCUCGCCGGCACGCUCAACCUCUCGCACAACAGGUUCUCCGGGGUCGUGCCGCCAGAGCUCGGCCGGUUGCCGGCGACCGUCACCCUCGACCUCCGCUUCAACAACCUCUCCGGCGCCAUCCCGCAGACGGGUUCCCUCGCCAGCCAGGGCCCCACCGCAUUCCUCAACAACCCCGGCCUCUGCGGCUUCCCGCUCCAGGUCCCCUGCCGCGCCGUCCCGCCGCCGACGCAGUCGCCGGCGCCACCAGCGACAACCAGUCCGUUAACCUUCACCUCGUCGGACCGGCACCAGCCGCUCAAAACAAGCCUGAUCGCGCUCAUCUCCGUCGCCGACGCCGCCGGCGUCGCCCUCGUCGGCGUCAUCAUGGUGUACAUAUACUGGAAGGUCAAGGACCGGAAAGAAAACCGCCUCCGCAGCCAUGACAACGACGACGGCGGCAGCAGCAAGAACGGACUCUGCCGCUGUAUGUUGUGGGGCCGCGGCGGCACGGACGACUCGGGUGCGUCCUCGGACAACGACGAAGAAGCCGGUGGUGGCGACGGCAAGUACAACAACGGCAGCGAGGGGGAGCUGGUGGCGAUCGACCGCGGGUUCCGCGUGGAGCUGGACGAGCUGCUGCGGUCGUCGGCGUACGUGCUGGGGAAGGGCGGGAAGGGGAUCGUGUACAAGGUGGUGGUGGCCAACGGGACCACGCCGGUAGCCGUGCGGCGCCUGGGCGGCGGCGGCGGGGGCGCGGACCGGUGCAAGGAGUUCGCGGUAGAGGCCCGCGCCGUGGGGCGUGCGCGGCACCCCAACGUGGUGCGGCUGCGCGCGUACUACUGGUCCUCCGACGAGAAGCUCGUCGUCACCGACUUCGUCGGCAACGGCAACCUCGCCACGGCGCUGCGCGGUCGGCAGGGUCAACCCGUCCUGUCCUGGUCAGCGCGGAUGAAGAUCGCCAAGGGCACAGCGCGCGGGCUGGCGUACCUCCACGAGUGCAGCCCGCGGCGGUUCGUCCAUGGUGAGGUCAAGCCCUCGAACAUCCUCCUCGACGCCGACUUCACCCCGCGCGUCGCCGACUUCGGCCUCGCCCGCCUGCUUGCUGUCGCCGGCUGCGCCCCCGACGGACCGCCGUCCUCGGGCGGCGGCGGCGGGCUCCUCGGCGGCGCCAUCCCCUACACCAAGCCUGCGUCGGCGUCGGACAGGGGCGGCGGAGGGUACCAUGCGCCGGAGGCGCGGGCGCCCGGGGCGCGGUCGACGCAGAAGUGGGACGUGUUUUCGUUCGGUGUGGUGCUGCUAGAGAUGCUGACGGGACGGGGGCCGAACGACCAUGCGUCGCCGUCGACGUCGGCGUCGUUCUCGGCACCGGUGUCAGGGUCGACGGCGACGGACCGGUCCGGGAGCGGGGAGCACGGUGUCGUGCCAGAGGUAGUGCGGUGGGUGCGGCGCGGGUUCGAGGAGGACGCGCGGCCGGUGGCGGAGAUGGUGGACCCGGCUCUGCUGCGCGGGCACGGGGCGCCAGCGCUGCCCAAGAAGGAGGUGUUGGCGGCGUUCCACGUCGCGCUGGCGUGCACGGAGGUGGACCCGGAGCUCCGGCCCAGGAUGAAGGCCGUCGCCGACAGCCUCGACAAGAUCGGCUCCUGACAAACUCAUACGUUCAGCCAUGCAUGCAUGAAUCUUCUUGGUUGCACACAACUAAACAAGUGAUGCUCACACAAACUCGUCUGAGAUCCUUUUUUUCUAUUUAACUUUCUCUUGUAAUUCAGGUGUUCAACUUUCUUUGCUUUGCUCUCUUGUAAUUGGGGUUUUAUAUUUGUUGGCCAUUCUUUUGUGUGCAAUUAAUUAUUUCCGUAAUGAUAUGGACAGAUCUAUAUAUGAAGGAGAAGGGUAUUUCCGGCUCUAUUUUUCACUAGACAAUGAGGGAUGUGUAUAUUUUGAAGUUGUGCUGUUAUGUUGUGUUCACUAAUUACG